UGCUAGCUAGCUAAAACUUGAAGUUAAUAAAAAAGCAUGCGAUUGCACUUGAGAAUUAAUUGCAUUAUUCUCUUUAGCUAGCUAACGUUAAUCAACUCGUUAUAUCGGUAUGAUAAAUAUCUUACAAUUCAGACAGCAACUGGCGAAAAGUAAUUUGUUAGACGAAGUAGCGACAUUUCAAGUUCAUAUCGAGCACACAGCUUCUGUUGUUAUCCCCAAUGACAGGACUAUGCAAGUGUGGUUAGCAGAACCUACUUCCGGCUGAAGUCUCGUGGUCAUGUGCUCCUAGUGCUGCACAACGGCCAAUCGGAACGCGUGUUCUCCAAGUAUUUGUGUUUUUCUUUUCUUCGCUGUCAGAGCGUGUGCAGCCAAUAGGAGGCCACAGGGCAGUGCGCCCGAUGAUGGAUGCCGAGGUGAAACUGCAGGCAUAACCAGGUGUCUCGCCGCUAAACGGUGCACGAAUAUGAGAGGAAACCACGGUUUACCGUGUCCUGUUAAGUUAGUUCGCGUCACGUCGUCUCCUCAUCGAAUGGGUUUACGCGCCAAGGCCUCCUAAGGAUGUCCACAGAUGACAGCGGCUCUGAAGACGUUUCCACUUCCGCGGCUCUGAGCCACAACAAUGCCGACGCGAGCGCCGGGAAGGAGAGCGAGGCUUCCGUCAUCUCCUCCGAGGACACGCUCUCCGGGCCGGCCGGUCCCGAGGAGCACCGGGAUCGGGUUCGAUCCGUGCGGGCUCUGCAGGGCUUCUUCCAGUCCGCCGCGGCGGCAGUGACGGGCGGAAGCCCACAAACACCGGCGAGCGACAGCCCCAAGAGCAGGAGCCUGUGUCUCGGGCCCCAGGAGUUCGGCUGUGGGAGGAGCCUGCCCUCCAUCAACCCCAGCCCCCUGGAGACGCUGACGGCCCUGGUGCAGGAGAUCCGGACGGGCGGGGAGACGGAUCCAGAGCUGUGGAAGGGCAGCGAGGGCAGGUGGCUGCAGCUGUUUAAGCUGGUGGAGAAGCAGUACCAGGAGCAGAUUUUCACACAGCAGGAGCAGUAUCAGUGCCAAAUUCAGCUCAUACAGGAUGAGAUCAAAGCCUUAGUGCAGCUCCAGAACCGGCCAAUCACCACGCAGCCUGCCGACGAUUGGCCCGCCCACACGCCGGCCGAUUCGCCGCUCUCGGACCCCGCCGCUUCGGCGCUGUCGCCCUCGGCCAAUCCCCUCGAGCUCCACAGGCAGUGGGCGGGGCCAGCGGUGACUGGCGGCUGUAAGGCGGCCCCGGAGCCCAGCCUGUGCCGGGGGGGCCGGGGGGGGUGUGGGGGGGAGGAGCGGGAUGAACACCAGCAGCUGCCUCCUGUCCCGCCUGCCCGCAGCACAACAGCGCCCCCUGCAGCUGAGGAGGAGAUAACAGCUCCCCCGUCUCUCUCUGCCUCUCGGCCCUCCCCUCCCUCUCUGCCUGCUAACCAAUCAGGAACCAGCAGUCGGCCGCUGACCACCUGGGCGCAGAGGGAGCGGUGCUGGGGGAGGAGGUGCAGAUGGGCGCGGGAGCCGCAGGAGGUGCCGCAGGAGGAGGUGCCACAUGAGAGGAGUCCCCGUGCACACCAUCUGGAGAAUGUCCGAUUGCGGGCUCAGUCCCCCGAACCCUUCUACCUGCACAAAGGUGACAUCCUGGAGUCUCACCCCUCAGGUCUGGGCUCCUGGCGGGUGGGUGAGAGUGAGUCCCUCGGCCUGCGACCUGACGCGAUCCCCCAGGGAACUGCUGUUCCCCUGGGUUCUCCUGAGGAUGCCAGGCUGUCCGUGUCAUUGAGAGAGACCUACCAGAGAAACCUGAGAGAGACCAGCUCACAUGACAGGAGGUCUCUCUUCAGCUCCAAAGCCUCUCCGCUACAGGUGAGGCGGCCCAGACCGGCGUCGAGCUUCACCUCCCCAUUCCGCUUCAGCAGCCCCUCCUUCCCCACGCAGUCCCUGCCCUGCCCACCGGGGGGCGCCCCCGUCACCCCGUCCCCCACCGCGGAGGGGAGCCCGGGGCUGCUCUUCGACAGGACGCCCCCCCCAGGCCUGACCAGCACGGCUGGGCUGUCCCCUGCUGCCUCCCCCACCUGGGGUCAGAGUGCGCGGGGUGGGGGGGCCCACAGCCCAGAGGACGCCCCCCUGCUGAGACCGGGACCCCCCCCCAGGGCAGACCCACGGCUGCCUCCCCAGGCCGGGGGAGCCCUGGAGAGAAGCCCCACCCUGGAGGACCCGGUGAUCCUGUCUCUGGCCAGGCAGAGCCUGAGGGAGCAGACCGCCCGGCUCCAGGCUGACUACGAGUCUCAGAUCAGCGCUCUGCAGGAGAAGCUGAGCCUGGCCAAUCGGCCUCCGAGCUCCGACCAGAGAGAAGCCAAUCAGAUCCUGCGGGACAGGUGUGAAAAUCUGGAGAGAAGCGUCAUGGAGACCAGAUCCAGGGCCCGGUCGCUGGAGGAGCAGAACCUCCACCUGGAGCGACAGCUGUCUGAGUGGCAGGGGAGGUAUGACCUCACCAGCGCCACGGUAACGACCCUGCACGAACGCCUGGACGCGGCCAAUCAGAGCUGCCGGGAGAAGGAGGCGGUGGAGGAGAGGCUGCGGGCCAGGCUGCAGCUCCUGGAGGAGGCGCAGGUCCAGGCCUACAGGCUCUCCGACGACACGGACGCCCAGAGGAAGCAGGAGCACAGCAUGCUGCGGGACCUGCUUGUGGAGUAUGACACCCUGGGGAAAGACCACGAGAGAGUGAAGGACAAAUUGGUUUCAACAGAAGACAAGCUCUUUGAUGCCAUUGCACAGAUAUCAGAACUAAAGAGGGUCGUCUCCAAGCUGGAGUCCCAGGUGAAGCAGCUGGAACACGAGAGCCUGAAGACACGUCACCUGACCCGCAGCCAAUCGCAGCGCUCCGGAGCCGGCCUGUACCACCACCCUGACCUGCUGCUCUCCCCCGGCCGGAGCCUGGCAGACCUGGACACCAGCUCCAGGAGGUGGGCUGACACUGGACCGGCCCUCCACCAAACUGCAGCUCACACAAGCAGGCACUACCCCUCCCCAGAGAAGGAGGAGAUGCCCGUGGCUGAGGCCCCCCCCAGGAGGGAGGCCCCCCCAGGUCCACUGGUCCUGACGGAGGAGAGCAGAUCCCCAGACAGCCGGGGCCCCCCCAGGCCUGAGGGUCAGGGCCCCCUCUCCAGCCACAGCGGCAGGAGGGGCGAGCUGAUGGCCCCACACUCUGAGCGGUCCAGCCCCAAACGCUGUCCGUCUGAGAACUACUCCACCGCCUUCGGCCCCGCCCCGUCCUGGAGACGCCACAGCCACACCUGGUCUGACGUGCGAUUGGAUCAGAGGGCUGUGAUGUCGCCCUCCCCAUCGAACAGCUGCAAUGCCAAAAAGAGGCUCCAGUUUUCAGAGGAGACGGAAGCCAAUCACCAGCCUAGCAGCGGGAAAGAGGGCGUGACCAGUGGCGCAGACCCAAUAGAACGAGCCGUGGGGGUGGCCUGGGAGGAGCAUGGGGCGGAGCCACCACACCCAUAUGCCACGCCCCUCUCCUGUCACAACCGCCUGCAGUCGCUGGCCGACACGGAGCGACUCUUCGACCAGCUCACACUGGAGAAAAAACAGAUUGAGUCGUCGCUGAGCCGUUUGCCGAGCCCGACGGGGGGGAGAGGAACGCUGCAGGCCCGGCUGGAGGAGGAGGCCUUGGAAGCGAGAUUGGAAAAAGUCGAUCGGGAAUUGGGUUCUAUCCGAAUGACCUUGAAGAGGUUCCAUGUUCUACGUUCUUCUACCAACAAUUAGGACCAAUUCUCUGCGCUGCUUAGAAUUAUGAACUGCGUUUUUCACUGCUGACAGGAUUACAUGUUCCUCCAAAAACCUUCUGCAUAGUAACCAUGCUGUGCAUGUCCAUAGAGUAUUUUUAGUUAUUUUAUGGGAUUUUAUAGGAUUUAUUACAGAAAACAGAAGGAAACCACAAAGUAUAUUUUCAUAAUGUACAGCUUUGUAUGAUUUUUACUUUUGUAGACACAAGAAGAUGAGUAUUAUAUACUGUCAGACUGACUUUCCAUUUUCAGGUAAAUUCUGAAGCUUUUAUACCUGCUGAUCAGUAUAAAUGAGCAAUAUUGGAAUCUGAGCAGAGUAAUCUGCGCUAUUGUGGUCAAUAUGAAAGGAAACGAUCAACCGUCUUCCAUUUUAACAGGUAUUUUAUUAUUUAUCCUGAACUAUUUAUAUUUAUUGGCCAAAACAUGCACAAUUAAAUGUAUUAUAUUUAUUUUCUAGUUAAAAAAAAAAGAAAUCUAAACUGUCAUCUCAUUUUUGUAUUUCUGCUCAUUCAGCUCAGAUUUUUUUAAAUGAACAUUUUCUGGAAAAUGUGCAGAUCUGGCUGACUGUUUACACGCCUGCUCUCCCAAACCAUAAGAGUCACUGUUCACUGCUCACUGCUGCUCUCCCAAACCAUAAGACUCUCUGCUCUCUGCUGCUCUCCUGAACCAUAAGACUCUCUGCUCUCUGCUGCUCUCCCAAACCAUAAGACUCUCUGCUCUCUGCUCACUGCUGCUCUCCUGAACCAUAAGAGUCACUGCUCACUGCUGCUCUCCCAAACCAUAAGACUCUCUGCUCUCUGCUGCUCUCCUGAACCAUAAGAGUCACUGCUCACUGCUGCUCUCCUGAACCAUAAGACUCUCUGC